ACUAGAAAGAAAAAAAAAGUAUUUGCUUACGUAAAUUAUUUCUCACACUAAUAUUGAAAUAAAGCAAUUCUUUUUAUGAGUGCUGUUUACCUAGCAAGCAAAGGAUCAUGAAUAUGGAUAAUAGAGAAGUCACUCAUUUAUAUUCGUAUUUUGAAUGUUUUGCCAUUUGAUAAAAUAUGUUUUACAAUUAAAUUCACUUAAAAGACAGUUAUACUAAAAGAUUUUAAAAAAAAAUAAAUUCAAAACUGUCCAUACAGAGUUGUUUUACUGACUUGGUGCCAGUGUAUUGCUUUGUCAGAAAUAGAAGUUUGGUUAGAUUGGCUCCAGGUAAGAGACUUAGACAAGUCAGCCUAUGAAUUUCUGAGACAGUGUUACCACUAAAGAAGGAAAACAAGAUGAAAACAGUUAUCUCAGUCUUUUUAUAAGAUUGCAGAUCAGUUUAUUGAUGUGUCAGUAUUAGCCAAAUAUGAAGUUGAAAUUAGUAUAUGAUGCAUUAUGAGCUCAUGUUAGUGCUUUUUGAUUUGUGAUACAAAUUCACACUAAAUGGUAGAAUGGGUUGGGCUGGAAGGCACCUUUAAAGGUCAGCCAGUCACAACCUUCCCACCACAGGGAGGGACAUAUGGGCAGGAACAUAUUUCACCUCUUUAGAUUGCUCCAAAGCCCUAUCCAGUCUCACUUGGAACACUUCCAAUGAUGGGGCAUCUACAAUCUCUCUGGGCAAAUUACAGUGUUUAUACAGGUUUUUUUAUUCCAAGGAGUUUUGAAUUCCUUUGAUGGGGAAGCUGGGGUGGAAAGUUCCUGAACUAAUUUGCAAAAUGUGCAAGCUGCAGAAUCUUUUUAAAUUUAGUGAACGAAUCAGUUUUGUCCUGAUAAAAAUACAAAUGUUGAACAAGACACUGAGCAGCAAUAAGAAGAGAAAAAUAUCAUUACUAAAGAGCUGGGUAGAAAACUACAACCCACAGGCAACAGCCCUUAGGUGAGGUGUGUUAAAAUCUCAAUUUGUUCUUCCCCAGUGAACUGAGCCUUUGUGGUCUUCCCUUAUGUCUCAAAUGAGAUUUUAAUUUUGGAAGACUAUGAGACAACAAUGAUUUCUGCAGCUAGCAGAGUUUCAUAAAAAGUCCCAUUUUUUAGCCAUUUAAAAAUUACUUCAGUAAGGUCUAGUACUGCUUAUUUGCUGUAUGCCAUUUCAGAUUUUAGUAUUUUUUAAUUUCCAUAUCAUUCUUGGCAUACUAGAAGAAAUGUAGCUAAGUAGCUGGGGGAGGAGCUGGCAAUUUCCAAAAAUACGAGUAACCAUAUUGUCUUCUGAGAGUCUUCUCGAUCUGGAAGAGAAUAACCAUCAGGAAAAAUAUUGUCUUUCCUGUAUUUCACAGUUUUUGAAUGAGGAAAAGAGAUUUUUUUUUGCCAUUUAAAGAUGAUGUUUGAAUCUCAUCGUUUAUUUAUGCAAUGCACAUCUGUUGACAUGAAUAUCCACCAAUUUCUAUAAAUAGCUUUGAUUCCCAAGCCAAUUACAAGAUCUUCUUAGCUAAAGGUGAAAUGGAAGCUAAUCUAGUUUGAAAACUAAUUAAAUAUCAAGGCACUGUGCAAAUAUUAUGAAAAUUUUUUUGCAUGUUUAGAAACUGCAAGUCACAACCUGUCACAGUUGACUGUGAAUUUGUAAAAAAUCUGAGAGUGUAUCUGUUCUUUCUACCUAUAGAACUGGAUAUAGAGGUUAGUGCUGUCUUCCUUACGGAAUUGCACAGCCCUUUCACAGUCUGAGAGGGAUUUUGUUUGUUUUUUUUUUUUAAUGUGGUGCUACAUAUGGCGUAUGUAUUAAAUGAGAAUAAUCAUCAGUGACCUAAUACUACUCAAAAUUUUUUUUCAUUUGUUGUCAUCAUUGUUAAAGGGCUGUGUCUAUGUAAUUCUGAAGUUCCUUCUGUCACAGGAGAAGUUACCUGUACAGAGCUCCAAUCCUGACUCAACAGUCACAUCCCAGACUCUUGAGCAGUCUAUGUUCUAAUAAAAUGAAGAAAUGAGAAAAACUUAUAAGCAAGGCAUAACUUUUUAGGUAAAGGUUGAUUUUACUGUUGAAGGAACAUUCUUCUUCAGCUAAGAGUGAAAGUCAUUGUAGUAACAUCUGAUUUUGACAAAAUUCAUGGAGUUUCCUGAAGUUUUUAUUCAUGUGUUUCUGUGUCUGGAAAGACUGAAACAAUUUUCUUGUAUGUUAGUAGGACAGUCUGUUUGCGGUGCAAAAAGAAGACUGAGUGUUCUAAUUGUUUUGCCAUGUUUUAACUUAGCUUUGACUUACUUUUAGGUUUAUAUAUUAUUUUUUAGUCAAAGUAUACAUUGUGACACUACCUGAAAAUCACCAUGCCCUAAGUAGUUUCAUUGUGAAUUAAACUGUCUGAUUAAAUUUAUAUUUUCUGCAGAUUUUUUCCCCCCGAUGUUUUAAUAACUACAUAUAUCACUGUCACUUAAUCUAGAAGCCUUUCUUUUUCUUGCACAAAACAUUAAGGUUUUAGAUCUUAAAUCAUUUAGCAUAGCAUUGUCAGACUGCUGAAUAGCAAAAAAAGUGCUGUCAUAGUGCAAUAUUUGGCUAAAACUGUCAACUUUAAUCAGAAAGAUCUUUUGUUUGUUGUAAUAAAAUAAACACUUGAAGAAAAGUUAUUCAGUAAAAGUUUAUGGAAAUGCUUUUGGUAGAAGCUUGAAUAGAAAUAGGCUUCCAAGUCUAAUGUGUUUACUGGAAUGGAGCAUACUGGCACAGGUCAGCUAAACAGUUCUGAUAACAGGGGGAGCUGACUAUAAAGAAGCUUUACAUUGUAUCAGAUAGCUAUCUUAAUCAUCUCUGAUUACCUAAAGAUAUUUAAUGUAUUUUCUACCUUGUCCUCCUUUUUAAUUUUUUCUUUUUUUUUUUUUCUUUUUGAUUUGGUGAGGUUGCUACCAAAAAACCAUGAGCUGCUUCUGGGACUUGCCAUGUACCCUUUAAAUCCUCUUGUUCAUUUUGUGGUGUCUGAGGAACUUUGUACUGACAUGAAAAUAGAGUUACAAUUGCUUCCUGUGCCAGAAUCUCAGCAGUGGUCCCAGAGAAGUUUGUAAGGAAACCAUGAUAGUUGCAGGAUUUAAGGUGAUAAAAUUGCCUACAGCGAGAGAGGAUGGUAGACAUGAGUGUCACCUGGAAGUGUCUGAAGAAGCUGGAUCAGCCAUUUAUAUUUGCAUUAAACCAGGAACAACUGCUGCUUCAGAAACUGCAUCUGUGUCUGUUGCUCCAAAAUAUGUUUAUACUCCCCUCAAUCAUCUAAAAGAUGGAACUAUAGUGAACUUGUAUGGCGUUGUGAAAUUCUUCAAGCCUCCAUAUAUUAGCAAAGGAACUGAUUAUUGCUCAGUUGUAACACUGGUGGACCCAUCAAAUGUGAAGUUGACAUGCAAUCUUUUUAAUGGAAACGUAGAUUUUCUACCAAAAAUUUACAAAGUUGGAGAUAUUGUUCGAUUUCAUAGAAUAAAGAUCAGGGAAUACAAUGGACAGAUGCAGGGAAUUACCAGUGGGGGAUUUGCAUCCUUAACUUUUGAUGGAACUGUAGGAGCUCCAGUAGUUCCUCGAGCUUCUAGCAGAGACUACACUUUCUUGGAUGAAGAACGGAAAACGAUAGAAGAAUUACGUAUUUGGGCAGCCAGUAAUAUUUCCAUCUCUGGACCAGCAACAAAAUUGUCUGGUGUUGAGCCAAUGCUGUUCUUUGAUCUUACGUGCCAGCUGGUAGGAAAAGCAAAAGUGGAUGGAUCUUCUUUUCUUCUAAAGGUUUGGGAUGGCACUAAAUGUCCCUACCCCACAUGGAAGGUGCCUGUGGAAGCAAAAGACCUGGAAGGGGAAAAAGUUCUUCUUCAUCAGCUGAGAAAUCUAACAGUGGACAUUCUAGUCUAUGAUAAUCAUGUACACCUGGCAGAAUCACUUAAGAUUGGAAGUUUUCUGAGAAUUUACAGUAUUCAUACGAAACAAGCAAGUGCUGACAAUGAAGAUGUCUCACAUAUAGAAUUUCAUCUUCAUGGUGGCACUUGUUAUGGUCGAGGAAUAGGAGUGUUGCCAGAAAGUAACCCAGAUGUUAAGGAGCUAAAAGCAUUUUUAGAAUCUGUGGAACUGACAGACAGUCAGGAUAUGGAAAGCAUGUGUUCAAUGGACGUGGACAGCACUUUUGGCAAUGUUACAGAUCUUGAAUUGCACUUGCAGAGAUGUCAGCAACUAUCUGUUACAGUAUUAACAGAUCAUCAGGAUUUGAGUAACACAGAACUGAAAACCAUAACAAGCAGCACAGCACCUCAACAGUAUCGCAUUAGAGCAAAGCUGAGAACUUACAAACCCCAAAAGCUCCAUCAGUCUGUUAAACUUCAUUGUUCCAAAUGCAACUCUUUGCAAGAAGUUCCAGAUAGAGAUGACUUUGACUCCAUUUUACGCGGCUCUGCCAGUACUGCCCCAAACCCAGAAUUACGCAAUACAUCCUGGUAUGAAUCUGUAACAUGGACUACACAAGAGCAGAAGCAGAGGGAAAUAGCCAUCCAUUUUGUGAAGCAUGAUGAAAUGCUUCAACAUCCUGAAGACACCUUGCUUAUGAUAGAAGGUGGAACUCUGAAAGAAAUCUGGAAGCUUUCAAAAAGAUUUAAGUGUGUUAUUCCUGUGAGAUCCACAGAAGAUGAUCUUGAAUUAUUAGAUCUUUCAGCUCCUUUUCUUCUACAAGGGAAUGUAAAAUAUUAUGGGUGCAAGCAGUGUUCAACUCCAAAGCCUAUGAAGAAUCUAAGUUCCAUUGCAGCAGAACAGCAACCAUCAUGGGAACCAGCUGAAAUUGCACAAGUUUUAGGUAUUGAACUGCUCCAGUAUGUUUUUAUUAUGAAGUUUACACUGGUUGAUGAAACAGGAGCACUAAAUGCAUACCUUUUUGAUAAUGAGAAGUUUUUCCAAAUUCCUGCCUCUGAAAUCUUAACUAGUAAUUUUCUUCAGCAAAAGAUGCAGAUGACCAUGGAUACACUCUGCCCUCCAGGAAGAAAACUAGAUGACUUGCCGUGGCUGGAGUGCUUCAUCAGGUCCUAUAAUGUCAGAGACGCGAUGAAAAAUCAAGUUUAUUACCAAAUUUUUGACACUACAGUUGCUGAAGAUGUUGUAUAGUCAUGUGUUGCUAAUUGGAAGUAAUCCAGUAAGAAUCAGUUUCUGGGUGGGGGCUAGGAUCAGAGAUUGUAUUUAAAAAAAAAUCAUUGUUCCUUUCUUAGGAAUUUAACCUGUUUUUACGAACUUUUACUUUAUGUGUGAAUGGAAAUGGGAAUUAUACUCUGAUAUGUUUGCUUUUUUCCUGGCACAUGACUUCGUGAUCUAAGGCCAGGUGGAGGUUCUAAGCUUCUCUCACUGGAAGCUGCUUGGCUUAGGCUGAUGGGAGCAAUCUGCUUUCCAUCUGUCCUUCAUAAAGGCAGUGAUGAGGUUACUCUAAAUUUGUGAAUUUUACUCAGAAAAAUGUAGUCAUUGUGUGUUCGUUUUUGUAUUAAAUUGUUGUAUUUUUGUAUUAAAUUAUGUCAACAGAGGCAGAGAGAAAGACAUCUUCAGUAAACUCAGACUACUUUGUACAAGCCAAUAUUACUGUUCUCAGUUUGACAGGGAGGUUGGUUUUUGGAGACUUCUUUCAUUUUGUACUGAUUUGUACAUUUAGACAAACUCCUCCCAUUAGUGACACUCAAGUAACUGCUACGUGUACCAGUUUCUGCAGAUCCUGAUGGCAUUGUGAACAUGGCCAUGUAUUGAUUACCACUAAAACUAAAGUCAAGCCAUGAAAGUAAACUAGUGUAAAAUUGUAAAAUGUAAUGAUUCUGAGGUGGCCUGGUUGGGUACCAAAGUUGUUUGCAUGUUUAUUAGCUGGGUCUGUGUUUUCAAAGGCUCGAUCUGCCUUUUCCAUCUUACAUAAUCAGAUUGUGUGCCUAAAUUUAGAGAUACAAAACUGAUCUGGUGCUAUCAUGGAUUGAAAAUUCUGCUGACUAGAAAACUGUAUGGUGGCUUUACUUUGCAUUCAGAAGUCUCUAGGACAAGUUCAGAACAUGUUUCUCUAAGGAUAAUUAAUGUAGAAAUCCCUGUCAAAUCGAAUGCUUUCCAUCAGAACAAAAUUAGUAUUUACAGCAGAUGUUUUUAAAGAAUUUCAGAAGCAAGAUGGGGUAUUUGUAAGUAGAUUAUUGUUUUGAUAGUAGAUGACAAUUUUGUUUUCCAUUUUUGAGGGCCAUUUAAUUUGAGGGCAAUUUGUCUUAAAAUUUCAUCAAAUAUACCCCGGUAAUUUUCUUGUACUGUAAAUUAUACUGUGUUUAAAUGUCAUAAGCCAGGAUAUUGUUCUUUGUUGAUUGGUGUAUAGGGGCAACCAGUAUUAAAAGUGGUGAGUGCAUAUUUCCUUUAAAAAUUUCUAAAAAAUAAAAAUAUUUUGAAAUUGAACCAGCAGUUUAUCAAAGAGUCUACUGACUUAAGAAAGUUUUCUUGAAUUUUUGCAUAAAUGCACCAAUAAAGAAUAGUUAGAACAAAUGAAUAUUAUAAAACUUAAGACACUGGCCAUACCCAAAUGUUUUCACAAGUUAGAAGUUAAAUUGAAGGCAGUCUUCUUCGCUUUUAUUUUAUAUAGGGUAUAAAAACAUGAAUUUCUAUUUUUAGAUUUUUUGUUAACAACUCUGAAAGAUACUGAUAUUGUACAGUUUUUCUAAUUUGUCUUUGUAAAGUAAUAAAUAAAAAGAUGUUUUGAACUUCAGUGUAAAAUAAAUCAGUUUCACCACAUGUCUUGCCUGAGAUCCCUGCCUAAAAACCCUACAUGUGCAUCACAUAAUUUUUUGACUACUGAAUAUUUUAUUAAAAUCUCUAAUAAAGAUUUCUCCAAGUAAUUUUUUCAUGUA